GGGCGGGGCUGAUCAAUAACGUCGAGGGAUGGGCGUGGUCUGCUGGAGAAGGGGCGGGUCCGGCGAUGGAGUUUUACGCGGUGCGGUCGCUGCUGGAGCCGCCUGGCAGGCUGCUGAGGGAACCCGGUGGCUCCGUCUUUCGCUGCCGCCUGGAAGUCCCUCUGCCCAAGUACCUGGUUGUUUUUGGCCUCGGGAGCUGGGACACGUACACCGAGGAUACUUCUUUCUCAGUCGAGGUGUCAGUGGGUCCCGAACUCAAACCCCACAGGAUUGGAGUGCUUUCAUCAGCUGUCAGGCAGUAGAAGAGUUAGGAAUGAUGAGGGUAGGCGCUGCCCCCUCUCCUCACCCCUGUGGUCGGUUGUUCCUCACCAGGUGCCUGGUGUGGCAGGGUGACUGGACGAGUGAGCUGACAGAUGUGGCCGGUGCGCAGGGGAAGCGAUCAGGAUGGCCUGCUCUGUGUGUGGUCCUCGGUGGGCAGAUGUCGAGGACCCACUUCUUGAGCAGCACUCCAGUGUGCCGUGCCCAGUCUCACCAGGUUCUGGAUACUGUCCUGGCUGACCUGAUGGGUGAUGUCUCUCUGCUUUCCCCAGGCUUCCUUCCUAUCGCUGGUGCAGCCACUGCCAAGCAGGGCAAGAGCCUGGAUCUGGUGAUACCGAAGACCAAUGGAAAGGCUUGGCGCCCUGCAGGGCCUUUCCGCACUCCAACGAGGGCUGUGGGUUCUUCUAACAGCAGCAUACGCCAUCAGGAGGAGGAGGAGGAAGAGGAGACAGGGUCUGAGUCAGAUGUGAAGAGGCUACAGACUUGCCCCAGCCCUCGUUGGGAUCACGCCCUGUGCCUCAGUGACCCAAACACAGCCAUUCUCGUUGGUGGAGAGGGACCUCAGAAUCGCUGCAGUAAGGACGGCUUGUGGAGACUAGAAAUUGAUAAUGGUGACAUCUUCUGGUUUCCCCUGGAAACAACCUCAACGCUAACCAUCCCCCUUCCACAAAGUGUGUGUGGGCACUCAGCGACCUAUGACCCUGAUGCCAACCGUAUUUACAUAUUUGGAGGGAAGAACGAUGCUAAAUGUUUCAACGACGUCUACAUCCUGGACACCUUGACCUGGAAGUGGUCCUUCAUGGUUGGGAAGGGGAAAGUGCCAUCUUUGGCCUAUCACAGUGCCGUUGUCUUCCAGCAGGAGCUCUUCAUCUUCGGUGGCCUCCUCUUCCGACCCCCCCGGGGGGGGCAGGUCUACAGCAACACCCUCUACAUCUUCAACCCUGAGCACGAGAUCUGGUACCAGCCCAUCGUGGUGGGGGAGAGGCCACUGCCUCGCUGUGGUCACACCGCCACGCUCCUGAGAGAUAAACUGAUCAUUUUCGGUGGAAAUCGGAGCAGUGUGUUCCUGAACGACCUGCACAUACUGGAUCUCGGUUUCAUGGAGUAUGUGAGCGUACAAAUCCCAGGUCCUCCUGCUCCACGAUGUCGCCAUGCUGCUGUGCCAGUGAAUAAGAACAAGGUUCUGAUAAGCGGUGGAUAUAAUCUGACUGGGGCCCUGCGCGAUGUGUUUAUCUUCAACCUAGACUUGAGAGAUCAGAUCAGCCAUGAUCUUAUCAAAGGGCGCAGCAGGCUUAAGGGACCGAGGAGCUAUGCAGCAUCAAAAGUUAUCGAGUUGUACAGCAUCAAAAGCCCCUAUGGCUUAUAAGUGUCAUGCAAACCAAGAUGUACUAUAGAGACACCUACAACUGGAGCAGUCUGAAUCACCAUCCUCUGUGCUCUGUGCCAAGAGCAGGUCAUAGCCUACUAUACUUGAGCUCAAGCCAGGGCAGCACAGGGACCUGCCUCAAACUCCUGGUCUUUGGAGGUUCCAACA